GUAUUCACUAAAUCAUUAUCUAUGGUUUCAUGUAUAGCUGUCUCGCUCUAUUGCUCUCUCUCUCUCUCACAUCGUCUUUGUCAACGUAACAUUAAGCUCCAUAACAUUUAAUUAAUUAAAAAUAGAAAUACCUUAACUAAAGUUCUCCUAACUACAUUUUAUGUACCAGUGCAAUAUCAGUUAACGUGUGCAAAUAAACGAUAAAUCCAUAAGAAGCUGUUUCAAUCAUAUACAUGAAGUGGUCCUUCGAGCACCGAGCGGAGAAAAGGAAGCCAUCUUGGACACCUUGGACAGAACUCAGACAGAUAAGCAAAAUCUCAAUUUUUAUAUUUUGCCGCUCAAUUACAUUUUGGCAACUUCCGGGCACACCCAGCGCCAUCUGUAAGAAAACUAAGAGAAACAGCUCUGUUUUACCCUAAGUGACAUACACUACUUUUGAACUUUGAGCCAACGUUCAUAGACAACGAGAGCCACCUAUCGGAACACCGAAGAAACUCUACUAACUUUAUCGACACAACUACUAAAAAGGAAUACCUUUGACUCAACUUUGACUACAUCACUUAUCGAGCGGCCGGAAGUGAUCAAGAAAAUUUUCUGCCUCUCCGCCAUACUUAUCCGAACACGGAACAUCUAAAAAUUUUGCUACACAAUUAAAUUAAAUGUAAUCCGUUAAAAUGAGUACUACUAAACGGGACAUGGAUAUAUUAAUAAAGAAACGAAGCAGUAUCAAAGGAAAACUAACACGGGUCUUCAACUUCGCCUCACAGUUGGAUCCGAAAAGCACCACGCCCACGCACCAUGAGGUGCGCGUGAGGCUGGAGGACAUGAAUUCAGUACUGAUUCAAUUUGAAGAGAUACAGGACAGUAUUGAAGAAAGUGAACAGUAUUCACAAGAGCAUGAAGAGGAAAGAGCGACCUUCGAAAAUCGGUAUUACCAAACAAAAGCUCUCAUGGAGUCGUUCCUCGGCGGCGGCGGCGGUGGCGGCACAACCACACAGCCAGCCACUACACAACAUGAGUGUACAGCACAAAGGAAGCCCCAGGUGAAGCUGCCUCAACUCGAGCUACCACGGUUCGACGGUGACGUCCGGCAAUGGCCGGCCUUUAAGAACAUAUUUUACGCCUCCGUGGACAGCGCGGAUCUCCCAACGGUCAACAAGCUACAGUAUCUGAAGUCGGCGCUAACAGGGGAAGCUGCAGGGUUGGUCAACUCUCUACUCAUUACGGAAGAAAACUACACAAAGGCCCUUGACAUAUUAAACAAAAGCUAGAAUAAAGAUACAAGAUGCUAACGGCAAAUGGAUAACGGCUCGUGCUCUCUUGGAUACUGGAAGUGAAGUCAACAUUGUUACCCGCAGACUUGCCUUAGCUUUACAACUUAA